AUGGGUAUUGCCAUACAAAAGGUUUUUACCAAGACUAAACACAGAUUAUGUAUGUGGCACAUAAUGAGGAAGGUACCUGAAAAGGUUGGAACUCAGUUUUGUAAUGAAACUGAGUUCUUGAAAAAGCUAAGUGCAGUAGUUUGGGAUAGAGAAAUUGAUCCCCAUGUAUUUGUUUAUUGCUGGAACAGUGUUAUGGAGGAAUUUGACCUUGUAGAUCAUGAGUGGUUUGCAUACAUGUUCAAGAUUAGGCAUCUUUGGAUCCCUGCAUAUUUCAGGGACUUGUUUAUGGGUGGGUUACUGCAUUCUACUUCAAGGCAUGAACAGGAUGAGUUGAACAGGCUUAAUAAAUCUGAGCCUCAAUUGCUUACUCAUUUACACUUAGAAAAGCACGCUGCUGUUGUUUACAGUCGUACCAAAUUUUAUGAUUUCAAGAAAAUGCCAAGCAACCUUUGUAGUUGUAAAAUGUUUGAGAGUCAAGGCAUCUUAUGUAGACACAUUCUGUUUAUUAUGAAAGGCAAGUCUGUACGUGAAAUUCCUGAUCUUUAUAUCAUGAAUUGUUGGAGAAAAGACAUUCUGAAGAAACCUUCAGCCAUAAAUGCUGUUCUGGAUGAUGCUUCUAAGUAUGAUAAGAAGCAAUUGGUGAGUGAUGUGUGGUCCAAGAUUUUCAGUUGUGUGAGUUUAUCUGAGAAACCUAAGGAUGAUUUAUCUGAGCUUAUUAGGACAUUAUCUUCAUUUGAAGAGCAGAUGCUGACAAAGAAUAAUCCUGAAAAUGCAACUAGUUCAAAAGAGGUGAAAGAUGCUGAUAUUCAGGUUUUGGUUGGGUCAAAUGAAGUAGAUGUAAACAUCUUGCCUCCAAAUCAAUGUGUUAUUAUACUUACUUUUCUCUUAGUUAUUAUAAUACUUGAAACUUUAAAGAUGUUUUGGAAGAUCAAGAUCAAGACAUACUGA